UCAGGGUGUUGUAGAGAAGAGAGAAGCCUGCAAACUGUGAAGAGCAUUAUGGAGUUUUUUGUGACACUGCUCCUGGCAGGGCUAAUAGGUCUGCUUUGGUUCCUCUUUGUUAAAGACAAUUCAAAGUAUCGUCUGCCACCUGGACCCAAUGCAUUGCCUCUCAUAGGAAACUUGCUGCAAAUAAACAAGAAUGCACCUUUUAAAAGCUUCCUGGAGUUCAGUAAGACCUAUGGACCUGUGAUAACCGUAUACCUAGGCUGGCAGCGGAUUGUUGUUCUGGUAGGAUAUGAUACAGUGAAAGAAGCCUUGGUGGACCAAGCAGAUGACUUCACAGGCAGAGCCCCUCUGCCAUUUUUGUACAAAGCCACCAGAGGGUUCGGUAUUGGGAUCAGUAAUGGGGACCGCUGGCGCCAGCUGCGGCGUUUUAGUUUGACAACUUUACGAGAUUUCGGGAUGGGACGUAAAGGAAUGGAGGAGUGGAUCCAAGAAGAAAGCAAACAUCUCAGAGCUCGCAUACGCAAGUUCAAAGGCAAACCGUUUGAUCCCACAAUCCUGCUGAGCCGCACCGUGUCAAACAUUGUCUGCUGCCUGGUGUUUGGCCAGCGCUUCAGUUAUGAAGACAAGCAGUUUCUGAACCUUCUCAGUGUCAUAUCUAACAUCGUCAGGUUCAAUAGCAGCCCUAUGGGUAUGAUGUACAACAUCUUCCCCUGGGCCAUGGAACAGCUUCCUGGCCAGCACCACACCGUCUUUGCUAGGAUCGAAGAGAUCAGAGAUUUCAUCCGGAUCAAAAUCCAAGAGCACAGAGAGACGGUGGAUCCCAGCUCACCGAGAGAUUUUAUCGACUGCUUCCUCUUUCGAGCUCAUCAGGAAAAGGAUAAUCCCUCCACUGAGUUCCACUAUGACAACCUGUUUGCAACAGUGAUGAAUUUAUUCAUAGCAGGAACAGAAACCACCAGCUCCACCAUCAGAUAUGCUCUCAGUGUGCUGAUCAAGCACAAGAACAUACAGGAAAGAAUGCAGAAGGAGAUUGACACUGUGAUUGGAAGAGAGCGAUGUCCCAGCAUGGAAGAACGGAAAUCCCUCCCGUUCUCAGAUGCCGUCAUUCAUGAGGUUCAGCGUUUCCUGGACAUGGUCCCCUUUAGUCUCCCUCACUACGCUCUGGAGGACAUCUCAUUUAGGGGUUACACGAUCCCCAAGGGAACGUCAAUUAUACCCAUGCUGCACUCAGUCCUUAAAGAUGAGAAGCAAUGGGCGGAUCCCCAUUCCUUCGACCCUCAGCAUUUUCUAGACCAGAAUGGCAACUUUAAGAAAAACCCAGCAUUCCUCCCUUUUUCUGCAGGGAAAAGAGCUUGUGUCGGUGAGUCUCUCGCUCGUAUGGAGCUUUUUAUCUUCUUAGUGGCGCUCCUGCAGGACUUCACCUUUUCCUGUCCUGGAGGUCCCGACAGUAUUAACCUCAUUCCAGAGUACAGCAGCUUUGCCAACUUGCCACGUUGUUACAAUAUCAUUGCAACACCUCGUUGAAAGGGAAAAGCCGCUUUGGGAAAGCCUGGCAAGGGUUCAGAGGCAGUCAUGUUAUUGUUCAGUGUGACCCCUAAAUUAAUCCAGAACAAAGAUCAGAAUAUUCAAAGCACAACAUUCACUUUCAACAUAGUUUUGACCCCUGUUUUAUAUGUGUAUUUUUUUAUGUUUUUUGUUUUGUGUUAAAUUGUUGCCUGAUAAACCAAAUCUAAAUGUCAGUGUGAACAUUUAUUUGAGAAUAAAGCUAUACCAGUACCAUUCUUUA